AUGGGAAUGAUAGCACGCUGUCAGUGCUCCAAAGUGCAGUUCACCACUCCAACAGACAGGCCACUUGCACUCUACGCCUGCCACUGCACCGAAUGUCGCCACCAAAGCUCCUCUGCCUUCGGUAUUACGGCCAUUUUCCCCUACUUCGAGCUUCCAGAACACUUGUCCCAUCUGGUCGGAACUUACACUCGAAUCACACUCAGAGGAAGACAUAUGCAAUGUCUUUUCUGUAAGAGCUGUGGUGCGCGGAUAAUGCAUCUCAUCCAUGAUACAGCACCUGUUCCUGGCGAAAAGCCAAAAUCCACUUCAACUGCAAAUGUGAAGGGGGGCUGUCUUGAGGGGCUGGACAAGGAAAUGAUGAAGGGAAUUGUUCAUAUAUGGACUAAGCAUGCGAUCGUGGAGAUUCCCGAGGGUGCGGAGAAGUGGGACGAAGCCCCGCCGGUUGUGAAUCCUCUGCAACGUUAA